AUGCCUUCGUUGUCUUCAGAACCACCAGGCUCGCUGCGAGGCGAUGGACUGGAGCAUCCUCUCGAGUCGCCGUUUGACAAAUUGCGGCGGAACACUCGACAUGUGCGUCGUCACAUCCAGCAACGCAACUCGCGCGAUAUUCUCCUGUUCCUGGUCGGAUUCCGGAUCCUGAAUGCCCUGUGCGUCAGGACCUUCUUUCAACCGGACGAGUUCUUCCAGUCAUUAGAGCCAGCAUGGCAGAUCGCAUUCGGAGACGAGAGCGGCGCGUGGAUUACUUGGGAAUGGAAGCACCACCUCCGAUCUUCAAUCCACCCGUACAUCUUUGCGACCGUGUAUUGGAUUGCCAACCAGAUAGGCCAACAACUACAACUGUCACCCCUGAGUCGUGCCGAUCUUUUGAUAGCUACUCCUAAGGCUACACAAGGUGUUUUGGCCGCGUUGGGGGACUACUACACUUGGAGGCUGGCUGGGAAGGCCUUGGGGACCAGUGAUGAGAUUUGGUGGACUCUGGGCCUAACUGUCCUGAGCCCUUGGCAAUGGUUCUGCUCGACACGAACGCUGUCCAACUGUCUCGAGACAACCUUGACGGUUGCCGCUUUAUAUUACUGGCCCUGGGAUUGGAGCACUGCCGGUGGCUCGUCUGGUCAAGCUGCGAGACAACCGAAGACACUUGAACCAGAGCAGAGCCACCUACGGAAAUGUUUACUUUUGGCUGCCCUGGCGUGCAUUUUACGGCCGACCAAUCUCAUCAUCUGGCUUUGCCUGGUGACCUUUCCGUUCUUCACCAUCGGGUUCCGUGACGGAUUCCUGGCUAGAAAGCACGUGAUCCUUAUUCGAGAGAGCGGUUAUCCACUCUUGCUAACGACAGCUGUCCCAUUCACAUUAAUUGGUCUGGUCCGCGCGUUUGGACCUACAUUGGAUGAAUCAAAGAAGCUACAAGCAUCGAUGCGGCGGCAACUCGCAACUAUCUGCAUUGCAAUGCCUAUGAUCCUCUCUUUGAUUUCACAUAAGGAAGUCCGUUUCAUAUAUCCACUCCUCCCUUCCCUCCAUGUGCUUACAGCGCCGGUUUUGGCGAAAUUCUUCGGGCCGGCAAUUUCUUCGAGUUCUAGGUCGUAUGUCCCUCGCAGGCUAUUACUCAGUUUCCUCAUUCUGGUAAACCUGGUGGUUGCAAUUUAUACCACUAUAACCCACGCUUCCGGUCCCGUGAGGGUGCUUGAGUAUUUGAGGAACCAAAACGAACGGAUAGCCGCAGAAGUCGAUGCUCAGAAAGCCCUACCGCAGCCGCUUUUCACUUCCCACUUUUCUACCGCUAAACUUUCAAAGGGUUUGACUGUAGGCUUCUUGAUGCCAUGUCAUAGCACUCCAUGGAGGUCUCAUCUCGUCUUUCCAUCCAUCCAAGCCUGGGCAUUAUCUUGCGAACCUCCAGUUAAUUUUAACGAAUCGCAGCGUGCAGCAUACUUGGAUGAAGCAGACCAGUUCUACGCAGACCAGCAAUCGUUCCUACGCACAAACAUGGUUGGCGGACUGAAACAUCUUCCACGCACUCCAACCUACCAAAAGAGCCAACCCUCGGAUGACGCCAAUGCUGCCAAGGAGCACAAGCACAGCUGGCCUGACUACCUCGUGUUCUUUGCACAGCUGGAGCCGACAAUGAAAUCUCUACUCCGCGCAUCGUCGUACGCCGAGUGCUACCGCACCUGGAACACAGCUUGGCAUGACGACUGGCGAAGAAAAGGCGACAUGGUCGUUUGGUGCAUAGAUCCCGCCGCCCAGCGGGAGUGGCGUGAAAAGAAUCAACGAGUCCACCUUCACGAGGAUGGGUGGGAAGGACUGAUGAAGAGCAAGGCUAAGCAGGUUGAUAAAAUUAUCGAACAGUUGGGUAAAGAAAAGACCGGUGCGUGGAAUAGGAAGAGAAAGCAAGGCAAUGCAUGGAUUCCGACGUUCUCGCUGCAGAGAAGCUCCAGCUGGCAAUUUAGGAAGCCAUUCGCGAUGAUGGACUUGUCGUGGGGUGGAGGAGGGCGUAGGAGUUGGUACCGGACGUGGUCGUGGCCUUGGGAGAAGAGGCGGAAGCCGUCUUGGUCUCAGAUGAUCAGGGCGUGGUAUGAUAACAAAGAGUGA